CCACUUCUUCUGCUGCUGCUUCUUCUUCUUCUUCUUCUUCAUCACCUACUUCAGCAUCACACCCUCCCAACACCCACUUGCGCACAGCUCAAGCUCAAAGCUUUUUCACUCGCUCGACAAUGGCGGCUCACACGUCACACCCCAACCCACGACUCCCACUCCGGAGCCUCAACCCGCCGAGCAAGCACAAGCCCACCAAUUCCUCCCCAUUCUCGCUCUCCCGCUUCCUCUUCAAGGCUCUCUUCCUCGUCUUCCUCCUCCUCGCCGUCCCUCUCUUCCCUUCUCAAGCUCCCGCCUUUCUCGACCACCGGGUCUUCACCGAGUUCUGGGAGCUCCUCCACCUCCUCUUCAUCGGCGUCGCCGUGUCGUACGGCCUGUUCAGCCGCAGGAACCUGGACGGCGACGACGAGCCCGAGAAUGCCGAGAGGCACGCAUCGUGGAGCGCGUCGCGCGUGCGCGAUUUCUUGCCCAUUUUCGAAGACGGGUAUGAGUUCUCCUGCGGGUCCGACGGGAAGAUUCAGAGACCGGUGCAGGAUGCGUGGAAAUGCGACUCUGCGCACUACUCUCAAGGUGAGUCCGAGAUUGCUUUCAGUGACGAAUGUGAUUUUGCUAAUGAGAAACAGAUAAACGUUAGAUCUUUGAGCUCUGAGAAUGGUGGUAAUGUGGUUAGUAGCUGGAGUUCUCAGUGUUUUCAGUGUGAGCCCAUGGUUGUGGUGGCUCAGCCAAACUUUAAUCUUGGUGAUGAAUAUUGCAAGCCCUUGGGAUUGCCUGUUAGGAGUCUGAGAUCACGAACUGGGGAGGGUAGUAGGCGAAAAUCGAGAAAUGGAGGUGGAUCUGGUCCUGUUUCUGGUUCAGGGCACUCUUCAAUUAGCUUCGAUAGCCGUAUCAAUGGGGAUUUUGGUGAAGUGGGUCCGGUUAAUUUGGAGAAGAAGUUUGAGGGAACUGUGCCUGUCCCUUCGGAUUCGUCAAUACCGUGGCGGUCGAGGUCCGGGAGGACGGAGGUCAGAGAUAGUUUUGGUAAUGUUGGGAAGAACCUACAUGCGAGGCAUAUCUCAGUUGAGGAGUCUCAGUCUAGGCAUCACAGAUCAAGGUCUUUAAGAUCCAACGGGUCUUUAACUUCGCAUACAGGUUCAGUGUCAUCUUCCCCUUCACCUGACAAGCUCUCCUCACAUUCCGCUUCUUUGGACUUGCCAAAAAUGGAGGACCCUUGGAACAAGGAGGACCGAUUCUGUUCUUCACUUGCCGCUGCGCCACUUGAUGCUUACGGUUCACUGGAUGUGUCUGGCCAUGAGAAGGGCAUGGGGAGAAACUUGACAGAUAAAGAUGGUUAUGGUGAAGAUGUAAUACGUGGUUCGCCUGACAUCAAAAGCACAUUCUAUUCAUCUUCGAUGAACAGGAAAGCUUCACCAGACAUGUCGCAUUCUCAGAAAUACGAGAAGAUUCUGCCCGAAAACUUAAAUGAUGAGCGGAUGGAUUUAAGCGAGAAGAGAAGUCAGGAAUUCUCGGGUGAUAAACUUCCGCCACGUGGAUCUCAUUCCCGUAGCUAUACUAGUAUUGAAAAAUUCAAUGAUGAGCAGAUGGAUUUCAGUAAGAAGAGAUAUGAGGAAUUCUUGGGUGGUAACCUUCCACCACUCGGAUCUCAUUCUCGUAGCUAUACUGCUAUCAAAAAGUUAAACGGCGAGCAGAUGGAUUUGGGCGAGAAGAGUAGUCAGGAAUUCUCGGGUGGUAAACUUCCGCCGCGUGGAUCUCAUUCUCGUAGCUAUACCACUAUAGAUCCUUUUCUUGAUGGGGAUGGCCAGAGAAAACUGAUGGGUGAUUAUGAGGACCUGGGGCAGAUCAGCAGAGAGAAUUUAUCACAUAGAAGAGGGUUGCCUCAGGGUUCUUUGAAGUUAGAUGUCAAACCGCGUGACAAGAACAUCAAAGGUAUGCUGAGAGGAAAAUCAGUCAGAACAUUCAGAGCGAGCAGACGCACAGAAACAGUUGAUAAAUUUGAAGAGAACUGUCGAAAUUUCAUAGACGACAAGGUGGGAAUGAUGCAUGAAAAGUCAGACCAGUUUCAUCUGACAAAGGAAGGAAACAAAACUGAAGGUUCUCAUAGCUGCUUCGGUAGCGCAGGGGAACCAAGUCUGGGAAAUUCCAGUCCUGUCCUGCAGCAAGGGUUUGCUGAUUGUGCAAAUGGCGAAAACAAUCAUUGUGAGAACAAACGGGCGAACUCUGGAGAGGAGUGGAUGGCUGAGGCUGAAAAUCCCCGAAGGACCUCGGAUGAAGAAGCCGUGUCUGGUUCUUUCAGUGACAUGGGAACUGAAGCUAAUGAGGUCGAUAAGAAGGCCGGGGAAUUCAUUGCCAAGUUCAGGGAACAGAUUAGGCUUCAAAAGAUGGCAUCCAUCGAUGGAUCGGUCAGCAUAGACAUCAGCGAAGACGAUUAUAGGUAAAGAUUAAAAAUUUGUACUGCUACGGAAGUUAAUCUAACCAGGUGCAUAUGCAUUUCAUAGCGAUCUCCCCAACAUUUUUUUUGCCUUGUUUCACAUGCUUCAUUGCCAUUUCUUUUGCCGACCGGGUGUAGUGCCUGUGAUUUGAACCAUAUUGGUCCGUCUAUAUAGAAGUAGAUACGUUCCUAUUCUUAGGUAUGCUUCUUGCAAUCGUCUCCGUUCUGAAUCAGCUGUAUUAAGCGCGGAACUGGCCAGAGUUCUUUAGUUAACUUGCAAGUCUGAGAGCCGGAAUCCUUCCGGUCCACAACCACGGUCCUCAGCUCAUCUACUACAAUUUACGUUCGACGCCUUGUGAAAGAUCCGUCGGCACAAGAACUUCGCCAAAACCUGCAGAAUGUUUCCUCCCCCUCUCAUUUGAUGGUCUACCUAGAUCUUACUUGCGAAUGAUCUCCUCACCCAUGUUCUUGUCUGUCUCUUUUCGCUAAUCAGCAUUUCUUCGGUAAAGCUCAGGUCAAGUGAUUAGCCGAGCUGUAAGGUGAACGGGUCAUUGCGCUUGCGCCUCAAGAAUGU